UAACAACACACACGCCAUGGACUUAUUACUGCCACUAAUAUCACUUAUUUUGAUUGCUGGAGGAGACAGUCAGCAUGCGAGGUUCAUUGAUGCUGCCAUGACGACAUCACCAAACUCGCGAUCGUUAACGCUGACGAAGAACUGGGAGGCAGUGCUUCCCAAAACUCCAAUGCCCCCAGCUAUCAGCGACUUGAUAGCCCAACAAGAUGAUGACAUUACUAUUGGAUCCAAUGACCUCAAGUUUGUCAAAGGACUGCGGAAAAUUAGACCAGGAUAUGGAAGAGGCAAACUAGAAGAUGAUAAUGGAGAUAAACAUGUUCAUAUUGCAUCUGAAGUUGAAUAUGGUUUAAAGGAGCUAUCUGAGUCAGAACAUGAAGGGGAUCCAAAAAGACUUACAAUGUCAUAUGAGCCAGAACUUGAAGAGGGUCCAGAUAAACUUACAAUGUCAUAUGGGUCACAACAUGAAGAGGAUCCAGAAAAACUUACAAUGUCAUAUGGGUCACAAUAUGAAGAAGAUCCUGAUAAACUUACAAUGUCAUAUGGGUCAGAACAUGAAGAUGACCGAGAAAAGGUUGCAAUGUCUUAUGGGUCAGAACAUUGAGAUGAUCCUGAUAAAUUUACAAUGUCACGUGAUUAGAACAUGAUGAGAAUCCAGAUAAACUUAUAACGGCGUACAUGUCAAAGCACGAAAAAGAUUUGAAAUAUGUUUCUCAUGUAAUGGUUCUGUUGUAGUUGUCUAUGCUAUGUACUCCGCUUGUUGAUGACUUUGGCCUUGUUGCCUUGCAUCAAUUUUAAUAAAUAAAAUGGUUGUGUGCAUUACCAUCA